AUGGACCAUGCUUUAGGGACAGGCUUCCAUGGAGACAGUAUCUCCAGAGCUCCAAAGGACUUUGCUGUCUACGGGGCAUUUGUGAUCCCGAGGUUACCCCCUCUCACUGGCAAUGUCUGCUCCUUUUCUGACUGCCCCCUUAGACUCGGGCCUGAGCACCAUGAGGAGCAGGGAACCUUCCUGGGACGGUUCACUUUCCUGGCGGCGCUCAAUCCCAGUCAGACCUUCCAGCUGAAGAACGAGCUCUCUGGGUUCGUGAAGUACCUAAGGCUGCAAGUGCUGAGCAACUGGGGUCACCCGGACUACACCUGCCUGUAUCGAUUCAGAGUGCACGUCGUCAUUGCCGAGGGAAUGGCUCCGCCACAAAGGAUCCUCUUUCCCCCGGAGAAGAUUUGCAUGGAGUGGCAGCGACGACAGAGAGCUGGAGCGGGACUCCACAACCUGGGCAAUACGUGCUUCCUCAACUCCGUCCUGCAGUGCCUGACGUACACACCCCCUCUGGCCAACUACCUGCUCUCUCGGGAGCACAGCCGGUCCGUGUGACAAGGCUUCUGCAUGAUGUGCAUAAUGGAAGCGCACGUUAACAAGGUCCUGUAUUUCUCAGCCAGUGCCAUCCAGCCUCGGGCUGUCAUCAGAGUUCUCACACGAAUAGGAGAACAUUUCCAGCUUGGCAUGCAGGAAGACGCCCACGAGUUCUUACGCUACACUGAUGCCAUGCAGAGAGCUUGUCUGAAUGGAAGUAGCGACUUGGACAUCUCUUCUCAAGCAACUACCAUUGUCCAUCAAAUAUUUGCGGGCGUUCUGAGAUCCAGAGUCACGUGCUUGAGCUGCAAAGGGGUGUCCGAUUCCUACGAGGCCUUCCUGGAUGUUCCUUUGGAUAUCGAAGCAGCCUCAUCUGUCACCGCAGCUCUGGAGGACUUUGUGAAACCUGAGCAGCUGGAUGGCGAAAACUGCUUUAAAUGUAGCAAGUGUGACAAGAUGGUUGCCGCCUCCAAGAGGUUUACAAUCCACCACGCGCCCAAGGUUCUCACAGUGUGCCUGAAAAGGUUUGAAGCUUUCACGGGCGGGAAGAUCAGCAAGGUUGUGGCGUAUCCCGAGUACUUGGAUCUUCGGCCAUACCUGUCUCAGACAGCUGGGGAACCGCUCCUCUACGCCUUAUUUGCUGUCCUGGUACACAGCGGUGGCAGCUGUCAUGCAGGACACUAUUUCUGCUACACAAAGGCCAGCAAUGGACUGUGGUACAAGAUGGACGAUACGUCUGUGGAUGUUCGUGGCAUCGACACAGUUCUCAAGCAGCAAGCCUAUUUGCUGUUUUAUGUCAGGUGCUCUGAUUUGAAAAUAGGAGAAAGGGCUUCUUCCUCACCGGCACCAUCAUAUGCCCGUUCCUUCCUCAGUCAGUGGGGGGCUGGCAGCAAGCCGACGUGUUCUGUGGACCCACAGGGUCUGCCUCGUAGGACUAAGCACACCGUGCAAGAAGACAGCAACAAAGAGGAGCUCGGAUUCAGCCCUUCUUCCCGCUGCCAGAGGAAUGGUGCCAGGGAGAGGGUCCGGAGCAGAUCCCCGCAGUGGGGCAAUGAUCUCCGCAGCUGGUUCGUGGACAGCACGGACUACAACCACUCAGCACGGAGGAGGAGGAGAACUGGUCUUCCAAUUCGUGACCACACUCUCAGGGAUCACGCAGCUCCAGCGCCCUCCAACGGCAGCUCCCGGUUGGCUCCCACAAGCAGUGCUGCUUUGGAGCAAGCCUGCUGA